CAUCUGUCAGCUGAGGAAUAUUUUUGGGAGAGCUUGCACCUUGAGAGGGGACUAGAAGAGGGCAUUAGACAGCUCUGUGCCCUUGCAGACGACAUCGACAGAAUCCACAGAAGAUUCACCAAGACCACUGUGGUCACUCCGUGGUGGUCACUCAUCUCAGGAGCCACGAGCACCCUGGGCUCAGCACUCACUCCAGCAAUGGCAGGAGGAAGCCUGGUCCUCUCCGCAGCUCGUAGAGGUUUGGGGACAGCAGCCGGGGUCACCAGCAUCUUGACCGAUGUGUUGGAAUACUUUCACAAUCAAAAAGCCUGCAGCCUAAGGCCAGGCCUGGCCUUAGGGGAUGGAAGCCCCAUCAGGGAUGUCAAGAAGGCAAUUGCCCGGGCCAUUCAGAAAGCCAGAGCCCACUGGUGCCUGACAGCUGCUGCCAAGCACCUCCUGCCCACGGGCCAGGGAUCAGGCCACAGGAGCAGAAGGACGUGAAGGGCACUGAACAGUGCAACGCUGGUGAUGACGAGGGCUCGCCUGCGGAGGAGUGUGAUGGCUGGCUUCUCCCUCAGCCUGGGCCUGAUCCUCCUGAAGGACUGGCAGGAGCUGAAGGCAGGAGCAGGGACGUUGGCAGAAGGGCUGAGGGCCCAGGCUUGGGAACUGGAAAGGAAGUUGACAGAGCUCACCAGUUCCCUGAGGGCCUGCAGCAGACAGGGAGGCCACCAUCCCCCUGGAAGGGGCUCAAGGGCACUAGGUUUACAGGAAGGGUGUUAAGGGAGCCAGCGUGUGUGAAGUCUGCAUAGUUAUUCCUGGGGAGGCAGGGCAUCCGGUGGCCCGGGAGGCCCCAACAGUAUCAGGUCCCUCUUGGAGAUCGUGGUGUCUGUCCUGGCAGACCUGCUCAUGCCUUCGGUUUCUCCCUUGAUGCUCUUUGAAGCCCAUGUGCUGGGCAGCAGGUCUUCCCAGGUGUGCAGAGGAGACACUGAGCCCCAGGGAGCAUUAUGGACUGAAAUGUGUCCCCUUCAUGUUCAAAUGAGGAAACUCUCAGCCCCAGUAUGACUAUUUGGAGAUGUGGCCUCUCGGUGACAGGCUGAAGGAGGUCGGAUGGGGCACAGUCCUGUGGGACUGGUGUCCCUGUAAGAGGAGGAGGGAACACAAGAGGGCUCGCUCUCUGUGCCUGUGCCUGUGCCUGUGCCGAGGAAAGGAGGGGAGGCUGAGCAAGGACCGGAGGCGGCCACCUGCAAGCCAGGGGAGCUCUCGGUGGGCCUGCACCUAGGUCUGGGUGGGACUUGCAGCCUCCAGAACUAUGAGAAA